ACACCUGCACGAGAUCAAGAAGCAGAACAAGUCAUUAGAGAACGCGUCAGUCCAUUGUGACGUUCCAUCUGCACUGUUUCUAAAAGCGUGCUAAAAUGUGGAGCAUGUUUUGAACUAAGACGUAUUUGAGUUUUAUUCCUUUGCGAUUUGACCUGGACGCGUUUCAACGAAUGAUAAUGAAUGAUAUAAAAGUAGCAGUUCUGGGAUCCGAGGGUGUCGGGAAAUCUGCACUUAUUGUUCGAUUUCUAACCAAGCGAUUUAUUGGAGAGUAUGCAUCAUCAUCAGAGUGUAUUUACAGAAAACGGAUAUCUGUUGAUGGAAGGCAGCUCAAUCUUGAACUUUAUGAUCCCUGUUCUCAGCCAUGUGAGGGGAACUCAACUCUUAAUGAGCAGAUCCACUGGGCCGAUGGCUUUGUGGUCGUUUACGAUGUGAGCAAUCGUUCCUCUUUCCUUAUGGCCACAGCUAUCGUGCACCUGAUCCGAGAGCUUCAUCUGGGAGCGUCUAAAAGAGACACAGACACUGUCAUUUUCCUGGUGGGCAAUAAGCAAGACUUGUGCCACAUGAGGGAGGUGAAUAGGGAGGAAGGCCAGAGGCUGGCAUCCGAGUGCCGAUGCCAGUUUUAUGAGUUGUCUGCAGCAGAGCACUACCAGGAUGUCGUGCUCAUGUUUUCGAAGAUUGUCAGCCAUGCCGGUCUGGGAGGCAAGGCCAAGGAGCGUCGCCGGCGCCCCAGCGGCUCCAAGUCCAUGGCCAAGCUCAUCAACAAUGUCUUUGGAAAACGGCGGAAAUCCGUUUGAGAAUAAACCUUGAUAUGGACAAUGGUAUCAGGAUGAAUGUGUGAUUGCAGGUGGCAGCACUGCAAACAUGGUUAUAUGGGUGAAUCUCAUGAGAUCUGUCAAGAAAAGGUCCGAGUCAUUUAACACCCCAAAAUCGAAAGAAAUUAGAAAAUGUCUGUUGCUCAAAGAAAAGGAAGCCUAUAUUUAGCACCAUUCAUAAGAUAAUUUGAAUUGUGACUUUAUCUUCAAUUUACGACCCAAACAAUUAUUAAUACCGUAAUGCAAAAUAAAAUCUCAUUCACAUUAAUGUAAUGCAAAUUGCAUUUAAAUUGUAAAAUAUUUAUACAUUGUGGUAAAAUCUCUUGUAUCAUUAAAACUUGUUUAAAAGUAAAAGCCGUGGGAUAACUACAUAUUUUUUACUGUAGUACGCUAAAACAAUACUGUAUUGCAAUGUGAAUCUAAUGGGAAACACCAUUAAGUGUUUAAUAAUGGCAUUUAAAAAUGUCAGGACACAUUACAGUAGUGAGAAUUUGGGGCAAAAAUUUGCUUAAUUGUCUUGAACAUAAUGUCAUAUUGCAAGAGAAACAAAAUGAAUCUAAGUGGUCAUGUAAUAGGCUUAAUUUUCUUUUUGCUAAAUAUAAUUUCUUUUGAUUCGGGGUGAAAUGGACAUGCUUGGAUUAAUCGUGAGAUUAACCCUUAUAGUUCCACACUGCUUACUUGUCUUGCUAAUGCCUUGUCUUGAACAUUGAGUCUUCAUCAUUCUUUGUACUGGAGGACUGUGUGCAAUUGUGCUAGCUGUUUCUGUACAGUACAUCUCUGCUCUUUGCCUUAAAUGUUUCUUUGAUCACUUCUUUGGAUGAACAGCAAAUGUUUAAGCUGAGGACACCACUUCAGCUUGAGGAAUGAUGAGCAUGCUUAAAGACAAAGUCAACUCUGAACUUGUGAAAUAUGGACUAGCUUGCUAUGUAAUCACAGAUAAGCUCUUUCAUGUUGUUCACUUACAAAUUUUGUGCAAUGUAAGAAGCUGUUCGCUCACUGUUUCAUGUCUUUCUACACAUAUGGUGCAAACAAUGACUGACUAAUGGUCUCAUGAGAGUUUGGAAUGUAAAAUCUUUUUAAAAGAUAACUUCAAGUUUGUGUAAAAGAAUCAAAUUUGUGCAUUAAAAUGU